AUGAAUCACCAUACCCCCGUACACAUAGAACCUAAACCUGAUUCGAAAUCGCUGCAAAGUCCCAACGAGUUGAAAUUAGACCAAGAUUGGAAGUCAAUACCCAAAAAAAAUUCUUCUUCUACGACGAAAAAAAGGUAUAGACCAAAAUUAAAUGAAAUUGGCAAUUUACAGACCAAAGAGAGGAUAAGGGAACAGAAUAGAGAAUCACAGAGGAAAUUCAGGGAAAGAAAUAAUUCAUACAAACAAAAGAUUCAAGAAUUAGAGACAAAAUUAUUACAAUAUCAAACGUUACUGAACGAGAAAAAUAACAUUAUAUUAAAAUUAAACGCUAAGAUCAAAUCAUUAAAUCAAGAUACUUGCAACAAAACAUCUUCUUCUCUAUGUUCAAAAUGUUCCGAUAUCAAUCAAACCUGUAUAAAACCAUUUAACUAA